AGGCUCCACCAUGAGGCGAGGUGGAUGGAGAAAGCGAGCUGAAAAUGAUGGCUGGGAAAAAUGGGGUGGGUAUAUGGCUGCCAAGGUCCAGAAAUUGGAGGAACAGUUUCGAUCAGAUGCGGCUAUGCAGAAGGAUGUAAAUUCAUCUACAAUUUUUAGUGGAGUUGCCAUCUAUGUUAAUGGAUAUACAGAUCCUUCUGCUGAGGAAUUGAGAAAGCUAAUGAUGUUGCAUGGAGGUCAAUACCAUGUGUAUUAUUCCAGAUCCAAAACAACACACAUUAUUGCCACAAAUCUUCCUAAUGCCAAAAUUAAAGAAUUAAAGGGGGAAAAAGUAAUUAGACCAGAAUGGAUUGUGGAAAGCAUCAAAGCUGGACGACUCCUCUCCUGCAUUCCAUAUCAGCUGUACACCAAGCAGUCCAAUGUGCAGAAAGGUCUCAACUUUAAUCCUGUAUGCAAACCUGAGGAUCCAGUGCCAGGUCCAAGCAAUAUAGCCAAACAGUUCAACAACAGGGUAAAUCACAUAAUUAAAAAGAUUGAGACAGAAAACGAAGUCAAAGUCAAUGGAAUGAACAGUUGGAAUGAAGAAGAUGCAAAUAAUGAUUUUAGUUUUAUGGAUCUGGAACAGACCUUUCCAGGAAGGAAGCAAAACGGAGUUCCGCAUCCCAGAGGCAGCACUGCUAUUUUUAAUGGACACACUUGUAGCUCUAAUGGUGCCUUAAAGACACAGGAUUGCUUGGUGCCCAUGGGCAACAGUAUUGCCAGCAGGCUUUCUCCAGACUCUGCUCAGGAGGAGGAGAAAGCUGAGAAGAGCAGCACUGACUUUAGAGACUGCACUCUGCAGCAGUUGCAGCAAAGCACCAGAAACACAGACGCUUUGCGGAAUCCACACAGAACUAAUUCUUUUUCAUUAUUGUCUUUGCACAGUAACACUAAAAUCAAUGGUGCUCACCACUCCACUGUUCAGGGGCCUUCAAGCACAAAAAGCACUUCCUCAGUACCUACUCCUAGCAAGGCAGUACCUUCAGUGCCAUCCAAACCUUCAGACUGCAGUUUUAUUUCAGACUUCUAUGCUCAUUCAAGACUACAUCACAUAUCAAUGUGGAAGUGUGAAUUGACUGAGUUUGUCAAUACCCUACAAAGACAAAGUACUGGUAUCUUUCCAGGAAGGGAAAAGUUAAAAAAAAUGAAAACAGGCAGGUCUGCACUUGUAACUGACACAGGAAAUAUGUCAGUAUUGAGUUCACCCAAACAUCAGAGCUGUAUAAUGCAUGUUGAUAUGGAUUGCUUCUUUGUAUCAGUGGGUAUACGAAAUAGACCAGAUCUCAAAGGAAAACCAGUGGCUGUUACAAGUAACAGAGGCACAGGAAGGGCACCUUUGCGUCCUGGCACUAACCCCCUGCUGGAGUGGCAGUACUACCAAAAUAAACUCCUGAAAGGCAGAGCAGACUUGGGUCCUGGCCUCUGAUUUCUCCAACCGUUCCUCCACAUUCUCCAUGUGCCCGUCUAGUUUGUCAAGUUUUGAUGAGCAGUUCUCUACUUUGCCCUCCAGUGAGGACAGUGUGUCCCUGCAUUUCCCUGAAUCUCACAUGAAGCAACUCACUCCGCUCGUGGAGGGACCCACGCACUCUGCUGCACUGUGGAACAGCAGAUAUACCAGAUUCAUCUAUGUGGGAGAAUCAAGAUUCUGCACAGAUAAAUGGAAUCGAUUCUGUUUUGUCAAAGGCAGAAAUUGCAUCUUGUAGUUAUGAAGCCAGACAAGUUGGUGUUAAAAAUGGAAUGUUUUUUGGGUAUGCCAAACAGUUAUGUCCUAAUCUUCAAGCUGUCCCAUAUGAUUUUCAUGCAUAUAAGGAAGUUGCACGAACAAUGUAUGAAACAUUAGCAAGCUAUACUCAUAACAUCGAAGCUGUCAGUUGUGACGAAGCACUGGUAGACAUCACCGAGAUCCUUGCCGAGACCAGACUUACUCCUGAGGAGUUUGCAAGUGCUGUUCGUAUGGAAAUCAAAGACCAGACAAAGUGUGCUGCCUCUGUUGGUAUUGGUUCUAAUAUUCUCCUGGCUAGAAUGGCAACUAGAAAAGCAAAACCAGAUGGGCAAUACCACUUAAAACCAGAAGAAGUAGAUGAUUUUAUCAGAGGUCAGCUAGUUACUAAUCUACCAGGAGUUGGACGUUCAAUGGAAUCUAAGUUGACAUCUUUGGGUAUUAAAACUUGUGGAGAUUUGCAAUAUAUGACCAUGGCAAAACUUCAAAAAGAAUUUGGUCCCAAAACAGGUCAGAUGCUUUAUAGGUUCUGCCGUGGUUUGGAUGAUAGACCAGUUCGAACUGAAAAGGAAAGAAAAUCUGUUUCAGCUGAAAUCAACUAUGGAAUAAGGUUUACCCAGCCAAGAGAGGCAGAAGCUUUUCUUCUGAGUCUGUCAGAAGAAAUUCAAAGACGACUAGAGGCUGCUGGCAUGAAGGGUAAACGUCUGACUCUUAAAAUCAUGGUGCGAAAGCCAGGGGCUCCUAUAGAAACGGCAAAAUUUGGAGGCCAUGGAAUUUGUGAUAACAUUGCCAGGACUGUAACUCUUGACCAGGCAACAGAUAGUGCAAAAAUAAUUGGAAAGGCUACACUAAACAUGUUUCAUACAAUGAAACUAAAUAUAUCGGAUAUGAGGGGGGUUGGGAUUCACGUGAAUCAGUUAGUUCCAGCUAAUCCAAACCCUUCCACAUGUCCCAGUCGCCCAUCAGUUCAGUCAAGCCACUUGCCUGCUGGGUCCCACUCGGUCUGUGAUCUCUUCCAAGUUCAGAAAGCCAAGAAAUCCACAGAAGAGGAGCACAAGGAAGUACUUCUGGCUGCUAUGGAUCUGGAAAUAUCAUCUGCCUCUAGAACUUGCACUUUUCUGCCAACUUUUCCUACACAUCUGCCAGCUGGCAUUAGUCCUGAUACUAGCAAAGCUGAGACUUCAAGGAAAUGGAAUGGUCUGCAUUCUCCUGUCAAUGUGCAGUCAAGACUUAACCUGAGCAUAGAGGUCCCAUCACCUUCCCAGCUGGAUCAGUCUGUUUUGGAGGCACUUCCACCUGAUCUGCGGGAACAAGUAGAGCAAGUCUGUGCCAUUCAGCAAGGAGAGUCACAUGGUGACAGAAAGAAAGAACCAGUAAAUGGCUCUAAUACAGGAAUUUUGCCACAACCAGUUGGGACAGUUUUGCUGCAAAUACCAGAACCUCAAGAAUCUAAUAGUGACACAGGAAUAAAUGUAAUAGCCCUUCCAGCAUUUUCACAGGUGGACCCGGAGGUGUUUGCUGCCCUUCCUGCUGAGCUUCAAAAGGAGCUAAAAGCAGCAUAUGAUCAAAGACAAAGGCAAGGAGAGAACAGCACUCACCAGCAGUCAGCCAGUACAUCUGUGCCAAAGAAUUCUUUACUUCAGUUAAAGCCAGCAGCAGUGAAAGAAAAGAAGAGAAACAAGAAAAAAAAACCCAUGAAUACCUCCAAAAAGAUACAGAGUCCUUUGAAAAACAAGCUGCUUAAUAGUCCUGCAAAAACUCUGCCAGGGCCCUGUGGGAGUCCCCAGAAGUUAAUUGAUGGGUUUCUAAAACACGAAGGACCUGUUCCAGAGAACCCCCUGGAAGAACUCUCUGCUUCCACUUCAGGUGUGCCAGGCCCUUCUGGUUUGCAGCCUGACCUGGCUGGCUGUGUUAGACCCCCAGCACCCAAUCUGGCUGGAGCAGUUGAAUUCAAUGAUGUGAAGACCUUGCUCAAAGAAUGGAUAACUACGAUUUCAGAUCCAAUGGAAGAAGACAUUCUGCAAGUUGUGAAAUACUGUACUGAUCUAAUAGAGGAAAAAGAUUUGGAAAAACUAGAUCUAGUUAUAAAAUACAUGAAAAGGUUGAUGCAGCAGUCGGUGGAAUCAGUUUGGAAUAUGGCAUUUGACUUUAUUCUUGACAAUGUUCAGGUGGUUUUACAACAAACUUAUGGAAGCACAUUAAAAGUUACAUAAAUAUUACCAGGGAGCCUGGUGCUCUCUGCUAGCUGUGCCAUAAGUGCUUGUGAGGUAUUUGCAAAGUGCAUGAUAGUAAUGCUCUGAGUUUUUAUAAUUUUAAAUUUCUUUUCAAGCAAGUGUUUUGUACAUUUCUUUUCAGAAAGUGCCAAAUUUGUCAGUAUUGCAUGUAAAUAAUUGUGUUAAUUCUUUUACUGUAGCAUAGAUUCUAUUUACAAAAUGUUUGUUUAUAAAGUUUUAUGGAUUUUUACAGUGAAGUGUUUACAGUUGUUUAAUAAAGAACUGUAUGUAUAUUUUG